CCACGUGACAGUUGAGGCCUAAAAGCCCACGGCACGAGUGCUUACACAAAAUUGUGCUUCAUAUGCCUCUCUCCAUGAUUCUCUAUUUCACCACGUAAAUUGGCACGCGUUCUAUUUUGGUUUCCUGAAUUUGCUGCUGCCUGCAUCAGCUGACUGAACCAUCCCACAGGGUUUAAAGAACAGGAUAUUUCAGUCAUGGCAAAGAGUCUCCAACAUCGUGGCUGCCUCAGUCCAGAGGGGAUAAUCAGAGAGAUACAGAUCAACCUUCUGGAGUGCAAAGUCUGCUUCGAGACGUUUAGCUCUCAGCAAAGGGAGCACAGACCGCAGAACCUUUCCUGUGGCCAUGUACUCUGUCUGGAAUGCAUCACAGCUUUGUCCCACCCUCUCCUGAGGAAGCUGGAGUGCCCUUUCUGUCGACAGUUAUGCAGUGUUGACAGCACCUCCCACUGCCAGGUUCUUAGUGACCUAAAGGAUCUUCUGUUGUCUCAAAGUCCCUCACCGUCUGCUCCUCCGUGUAGAGCAAAAGCUGGUUUUAUCUUUCCCACAGCUCUGACGUGCACAACUCUUCUCCUGCGUACUGCAUUUGGUGGGUGGGGGACUCUUAUCAACCCAACUGGAAUAGCUGUUUUGGGGUCCUCAGGAACAAUAGUUGUGGUCCAUGAUGGAGAAAAGAGAGUGGUGGUGUUCAAUCUACAGGGAAAGAAGCUGCACAGCUUUGGGCGAAAAGGAGCCGCCAGUGGGGACAUCUGUUACCCAGUGGACGUGGCAGUGACCCCAGCUGGUCACGUGGUUGUGACUGAUGCAGGUGAUAAAGCUGUAAAAGUGUUCACAUCCAGGGGGAAUCACGUGUUGACAAUCAAAGAUUCCUUCCAGAUGCCCUGGGGCGUGGACACUGACAGUUGUGGACACAUCCUGGUCUCUGAUGUUGAGGCCGGCACCCUCUCCAAGGUGAGGGUGGACUAUAGUCACAGCGUCAUUCUAGAGCAUCAAACAACCAUUUCAGACCUUGAGUGCCCUAAAGCGGUGGCCUAUUGUUGCGUGAAUGGGAACACUGCAGUGACAGAGCAUCUAACUGAUGUCACCAAUCCAACGGAGAGACACCAACACAGAAGGCUCAGGGUGUUUACAAAAGAGUUCCACCUCCUUUACCAGACAGACACUUUUAGCCUGACCCUGCAGUCCACAGUGAGGCUCAGCAUCUCAGGCGUGGCGUUUGACAGAGAUGGAGAUCUAAUUGUGAUUGACUCAGACCAGGGGAUGAUUUGGAGCUUAGGGAAGCUCCAGAGUGGCCCAGUCCGUACUCCUCUUGUGGGAGACCAUCUUAUUCGCCCUGUUGGAUUAGGGCUACUGAACAACCUUCUCAUUACACUGGACAGUGGCGACCAUACAGUGAAGAUUUACUCUCCCAAAUCUGAUGCUGGACCUGUGACAUCACUGUGACAAUCACAAUUAGAUCUCCAUCUCUGUCGAACGCCACGCCUGAUAUGAACAAUCCCAAAGUAGCUGUUCAAGUGAGACAAAUUAAAUAAAGUGAAGUGAAAUGUAGCUUAUCACAGGAUGAAGUGAUGAGAGGUUGUAUUAAUUUUUUUUUUGUUUGAGUUGCCUUCUGUGACUAGUUUACAAGUCAAGUUUUACUAUAGAUAGAGUGUAAAAAUGUCAUUGUGUUACUUUGAAAGUGUCAAAAAUAAUAAUAAAACAAAAGGUUGUAUAUGAUGAAACCAUUUUCAGCAGGACGUCAGGAAUGAAAUUAUGUCUGUUAUUGUGUUAAUGUUGUAGCAGUUGUUGACAAUGAUGUUGUGUUAUUUAAUGACGGUGUAAUAUAGCAAUGUGAUGAUUCUCAGUCUCUGAACUGAUCCAAGGCUUUUGAAAAAUGAUGCCAAUUGAAACUAUCUGAGAAAUAAAGGUCCAGCUGCUAACAGCAGACAGUGAGACCAUACAUAGAUUGUACAAACGUUAUAUGCCACAACUACAGAUUAUAUGUUUAUUUUUUUCCCGUGUAUAACAGAAGACUUUUUAAUUUAGAUUAUAUCACAUAAAAGAGCUUUUUAAUGCAAAACUUUAAGGUGAUUCACAAAUGGCAAAACUUAAACUUUAAAAAGAAAUUCAAAACAGCCCAGAAUAAAUGCUAAUGUAACGGUUAGAUUUGGCAGCUUGGGGAUAUAAGAGUGAAAAACAGACAUUAUUUUUAGGCUUUACGUCAACAGAAGUGAGGUGGUGGGUCAAAAAAUGAUUCU